AUGGCGACGCCUCAAACCUCGGAAUGCAAAGGAUCAUCUGAAGAUCUCUCUGAGACGCCUGCUUCGAAAGGAAGAUGGAAGUCAAAGGGACCAAAUUUCUCGGAUCCAGCCGCGAUGGUGACCUUUAUCGUUGCAAGCCAGGAAUUGAGGAAUCGUUCGUUGUUCAUAAAGAGGAAAUCCAGAGCAGCGCAUUCCGUCUCUUGGUCCAAAUGGUUUUAUGGCGAAAAGUUCGAGGUCUUCUAUGAAGCAGACAUCAUCCAUGACAGGAAAAAUCCAAGCAGCAAAGAAGAGACCGACGACGAUGAAACCGCAAAAUUGCUCGCCGCACAAGAUCUUGACCUUGUUCAGCUUUGGGUUGUAGCUGACAAGCUUCUUGUUCCUCGUCUGCAGAAUGUGGUGAUUCGGAGUUUGCAAGAUAUCUGGGGCAGUAUUUCUAUAGGCCCAAGUAGUGACUGGAUUCCUUACGUUUACGAACACACUGGACCUGAUAGUCCUUUAAGGCAUCUUGUUGUCGAUACGUGUGCAUAUGACCUCCACCCCAAAAGGUUUCUGAACCACCCAGAAAGCUUUUCCCAUGAAAUGCUGCUUGAUCUGGCUACUGUUUUCGCUGCAGCAGUCUCUGAAGUAGACAGCGAAAAAGGAAAGAGUAAAGAGGGAGGCGACAACAGCGACAAGAUUCCCAACGAGGAGAGAUCAAGCAAGAGGCCGAAAUACGCUUGUAACAGAGCUUGGAGGUCGUACUUGGUCCCAGAAGAUGAUUGA